ACCACAGAUGGGCUGACUGCAUUUAGAGAUUUCUUGAAGUCAGAAUUUAGUGAUGAAAACAUAGAGUUUUGGUUGGCCUGUGAGGACUUCAAAAACACCAAAAUACCAAGCCAACUUUCUGUUAAAGCAAACAAAAUAUAUUGUGAAUUCAUCAAAACUGAAGCUCCAAGAGAGGUAAAUAUUGACCAUAAAACAAGGGAACUGAUCUCCCAGAAAAUGUCACAGCCAACAGUUAAUUGUUUUGAUGACGCUCAAGAACUUAUCUUGUGCCUUAUGGCAAAGGACUCAUUUCCUCGAUUUUUAAGGUCAGAACAUUACAAAGAGUUGAUGAAGAAGCAAGAAAAUAAUGGACAAAAGAGGUUAUCCUUCUAA